GGUGAUGCCAGUCCCCACGACGCGGCAAGCCGGGGCACGGUCGGGCACAGGACGGCUAUUUUAUAGCUGGGGACCGUGGUGACGUAUGGCUGAGCACUCGCUGGCACGGCUCCUCGUGGACCAGUCAGCGGAGCGAAAUUGAAGCUGACAAGACUUUUCUGGCGUUUUGGAAAGGGCUGUAAUCUACUGUAGGGGAGAACAGAGCCGCUCAAUCACCGCCGCCGUAAAUAGGAGACGGAAGGGAGUGAGAAAGGAGGCGAAGAGAAAAAGUGCUUGCUGGGGGGGGAGGGGGGGGCGGCAUUUUUGGUGGAUGGUAUGAAGCCAACCAUGGAAACUGCAGCAGAGGAAAAUGCAGAACAAAGCCAAGAGAAAAAAGUGAUCACCAGACCAGAAAUGGAAAUUGGCAGGUACCACUGGAUGUACAGGAGUUCAAGGCCACACCGGUACCAUCAUGUGCCAGCAUUGAGAGGCAAUAUUAGUCCUUUGGGGAUUCAAGGUUGCUUUGAAUGUUGCAUUAAGUGCCUAGGAGGAGUGCCAUAUGCUUCGCUCGUGGCAACCAUUCUCUGCUUCUCGGGGGUAGCGUUGUUUUGUGGCUGUGGCCACGUGGCGCUCACAGGAACCGUGUCUAUCCUUGAGCAGCACUUCUCCACGACUGCCAGCGACCAUGCUUUGCUGAGUGAAGUAAUACAGCUAAUGCAGUAUGUAAUUUAUGGCAUUGCAUCAUUUUUCUUCUUAUAUGGAAUAAUCCUUUUGGCAGAAGGUUUUUAUACAACAAGUGCUGUGAAGGAGCUGCAUGGAGAGUUCAAAACAACAGCCUGUGGCCGCUGCAUCAGUGGAAUGUUUGUUUUCCUUACCUAUGUGCUUGGAGUGGCCUGGCUUGGGGUCUUUGGCUUCUCUGCUGUGCCUGUCUUUAUGUUCUAUAACAUAUGGUCAACUUGCGAAGUCAUCAAAUCUCUUCAGACAAAUGUGACAGUUCCAGGGGACCAGAUCUGCGUGGAUAUCAGGCAAUACGGUAUUAUCCCUUGGAAUGCUGUACCUGGCAAAGCCUGUGGCCCGAUUUUAGAGAACAUCUGCAACACGAAUGAGUUCUACAUGUCUUAUCACCUGUUCAUUGUGGCUUGUGCUGGAGCUGGUGCCACUGUCAUAGCAUUGCUGAUCUACAUGAUGGCUACCACAUAUAACUAUGCUGUUUUGAAGUUUAAGAGUCGGGAAGAUUGCUGCACUAAAUUCUAAAUUGUAUAAGCCCAGUAAAGAGCUGCAUUGCGUAGCCUGAAAUACCACUGACACCCUAGGCUAAAAGUCUAGCUUUCUGAAUUUUGUUACAGUAAUUGUAAAUAGCUUCCGUAAGCAUCAUUUAGCUUAUCAGAUUAAUGAAAUGACUUCUUGUAUAUGAACUGUGAUGUGGAUGAGAUCUGGCUAUUUUUACAUGUCGAGAGGAUUCAGUUACUGUAGGGGUGUUUAUAAAGCAUCCUCUGAAGAUGGGAUGUUUCCAUUUCAAGUCUCCACUUGCUUUCUAACAUUCAUCUCUAAAACAAAUACUGGAACAGUUCAGGGUCAGGAUUAGUAAUUCCUUCUCAUCCUGAACACCAAAUAGAACCCCCCCCCCAAGCACGCAAACUCUAGAUGAUGCAAAAGAAAAGGAACAGUAAGGUAGCGCCAGUCUCCUUUGGCAGAAAUCAGAAGCCCACGUAUUAUGAAUUAGUUGGCUUCUGCUUCCAGUGCACAGAUGAUAAAGUGGGUUAUUUUCAAAUCACACUCUGGGAGGAAAUACAUCCUUGUAUUAGCGCUGCGUCAAACAAUCACGUCCUUUUUUUUGGACCCUGAAAUAGUAAGAAAUGGCGUAUGAAACGGCAUAUGAAAAGCUUCUGGUCUUGUACAGCUUGCACUUUAGUAACUGAUUUCUCAGUAGCCAGAUCUCAAAACUGUAAGUACGACUGCCUGGGAAGCAAAACCAUGCAGAGAUCAUACAGGCCUUUUUACACUGUUGGGAUUGAAAAAAAGGAGAGGGGAAUCGGUGUUUUGAGAUGUAGAUUUUUUUGCAUGAAGUAUGGUGAAAAGAAGAGAUGGGAAGAGAUGAAUGCACGAACUAGAAAAAGUCCACACAAUAGUUAAAGAACCAGUUGCUAUGUAUGAUGUAAAACUCUUCACCUGAGGUUGGACAAUGGAAGUUUCAAAUGUAGUUGUAAAAAUAUAAGAUGAAGACUUCUUAACUCAGAGAUUGCAUGCUUGUGCUUAGUUUUGGGUUCAUGUUUUGUUGUUUUAACUUUUCAAUAUGUCAAUGUAGCCUUGGUCACGUAAAUAAAACUGUUUACAGUUUCAGGCUUUUUCCGGGGGAGGGUGGAAUUCUCAUCUGCUUGGUGGGGGAAAAGAAUUACCAGGAUCUGGGCUUGGUUAUGCAUAAACACCGCAACCCUAGGAAGCAGUUCUUCAGAGCACCUCGUAGUUUACAGAAUACAUGUUUUGCCACACAGAAAACUUCUGUCCUGCUUCCCCCAUUCUGCAUUUUAAUUGAUCCGUACAACUCCGUAGCUCAUUUUAUUACCGUUAUACUAACUUUCUCUAAACUGUGAAUAACCACCUGAAGUAUUAGCAUGCCAAACUCUAGAGAUCUUUGAAAAUAGCCCCUGUGCUUGUUUUAAUAACAGAAUGCUUAUUAACGUAGAAUAACUGGUUUUUUGGUCGUCGUUUUAAAGAGCGUCUAUUAAUCUAACUAGCAGCUUGCUUUGCCUCUUGACAUGCUCACUAGCCAUCAUGCUCACCCUUCUCUUCCAGAUCCACUUCCUCAUGAUACUGUCUUCUAACUGGGCCUACUUAAAGGAUGCAAGCAAAAUGCAGGCCUACCAAGAUAUCAAAGCAAAAGAAGAGCAGGAGCUUCAGGAUAUCCAGUCUCGGUCAAAAGAGCAACUCAAUUCUUACACAUAAAUGUUUGCCACAGUAAUUCAGCAGAAGAAUUCUGUAGCUCUGACAAAUCAGCAAAUAGCUGCUCUGCAGUACAGAUGUGUGUCUACCAAACAAAAUUAGAGAGAAGUGCAAAAGCUUCACAUUCCAGCUCCUGGAACACAUUCAUAGGGAAAUCUUCCCAUGGGUAAUCUUCCAUCCUUUCAUACAGAGAAUGGAGGUUUUAUUCUAGGCAUUUUAAAAGGCAACACUUCACAAUAAGUGACCAAAUUAUAUUCUUCUUCGAGACUUUUGGUAUUUAGUAUUUGCCACGUUCUACAGCGUGACGUCCUGCACAAAACCGUGGCAGGAGCUCCAAACCAGCAGGCAGUAGAUCUCUGCACAGACCUUAGGCAAAGGCACGCGUGACCACGUGUGAUUCAGUAUCUCCAUUUAUAUACCAAAUGAAACCGUGGCUGGCUAAGAUUUCCCACAGCUCGUGCUUACGCGACAGCACGGUUGCAGCAGUUCCUAAGUUGCAACAGGGCCGUCUCUGAAUGCUCUUUACAUGGGCCAUGGGAACAGCACUCUACUUUUGUGCCACACUUUUUUAUGAUGAAGCAGUCAUGCUCCUGCGCUUACGUGAGUGUUGAGCAGAUGUCCCAAGUUUUAAUCUUUUUAUUAACUAUUUAAUGGAAUGUAGAUCCCUGGAUCUGGAUAAUGAUCCCCUUCUUUGAAAAUAAAUGUCAGCUUUGCCUUAAUAUUUAUUUUCUAUAAAUGUCUUAGCAUUUAUAUAGUGGCAGGAGACCAUUAUCCUACAUUUUAAGUAAGUGAAAAGUGUUACCUUAUUAAAAUGACACUGAUCUGACUAUUCCAAAUGAGCGGAUGAGAAAGUUUGCAGAGUCUUAGACAAAUGAUAAAAAUUACAGCCAUAAACCAGAAUACAGGAUGUCCACCUUUCUCUAUCUUGGUGCUUAGCAGAUUUAUAGUCAGUGCUUACGUGUUUUCCUUUUUACAAAUUAAUUAGCACAUUAAGAAAACGUGGUGUUCAGAAAAAAAAAACAACAAACUGGUGCCAUUUUAAAGUCAUUUCCCAUAGGAGUCUGCCUUCUAAUUAAUGGUUUUUUUCAGAAGCAUUCAGUGAUAUCUUGAGUAUUAGUGAUGGUAUAUUUGGUGUUUGUUCUAUAUGAUAUAUAUAUAUAAAUGUUGGGGGGGAAGUAAAAUACAUCGGUCAUUUAAAAAAAAAUUAAAUAUUCAAGUCAUACCCAUGUUAAGCUGACGUGUGGUUUGAUAGUUUUGACUGUUUGCUGAACAUAAAUCAAAGGAAGCACAAACUUCUUCUUUGAGUCAGUAUUAAGAGAAAAGGCGUUUGGGGGGGGGGGGGCAUUAACCUCAAAUAUAACUUCUUGUUUUUGGUUAAAUAUUGAAGUCUAAUUUGACAGUUUCAAAAAAGGGGCAAAGUUGAUCAAUGUAGAGCAAAUAUGACAAAAUAGCCUAGUGUAUGUUCGUACCUGUUGCAUGAAGGAGACAUUUCUACAGCAAUGCAGGUGAUGUUCUAGCCCAGUGUUUGCAUAAGGGUAAUAAUGGAGGCAGUGUCUUAAAGCCUAAUUCUUUUCUAAUUCAGUGUAGCUAUUACUGGGAGUUUUUGAAGUUUUGUUUAAGUAGUCUAAUAUUUUUAUGUAAAGAGCAUUAAAUUUUGCUAUGUAUAAAUUUUUGUAACCUAACAGUGAAUCAAUAUUUUCUAUCAGUGCCAAGGGCUUCCUGUAGUUACAUCCAAGUGUUAAAAUAAAUAUUUGUAGAUAAUAGACAACACUUGUGUACGCUUAUUUGAAACCAGACCUACAGCUCCUCCGUACCAGCGACUCUCCAGGCUUUAUGUCUCUCUCUGAAGCUGAAUGUGUUGGGUUUGGUAGUGCCCCUUCGCUCCUGUAUGGGGAAGGACGGGCUGUAGGCAUACGCUUCAGCGUUGUCAGUCAGCAAGUGGCUCUAGCAUCAAGUGUUGGUAGUUGUUCCAGGCCAGCAUAAUGCAACAAGCACGGCCCAUCCCAUUCCUGACCUCACACGGAAGGAGUCUCGGAAAUUUUGCACAUGCCAGCAGUGCUGCAACACCAAACUGAGCAGCGUGUAAAAUUAAGACUGGCCACCAAAUCGCUUUUUAUCUUGUGAAGUUUGUUUCUGUCACGUUUUUGGCACAUCGGCUUUCAACGGCCAGUGAAUUCAAGACAGAGCUUUGGUUUUUGCCCUGAAAUUCUGUCAAACUUGGCUUCGUGUUCUUGUAGUCAGGUCAAGAUGAGCAGCCUCAGAUGCAGUGCAAGUUGUAAUAUAUGCUGCUGCCCAAAAUUACUUCAUUGAUUAAAAAAAUACUGUAUUUUAUACUGUAAAUAAAGUUUAAUGAUCUUGCCUAUAAUCUACCUACAAAAUACAAAGCUUAAAUAAAGAUGAGUUAAAUAGCA